AUGGCAAGGAGGAGAAAGAUUACCAAGGGAGGUCAUGGAUCGAGGCUCCUAAAGACGCAAAGGCAACAACGAUCACUGCUACAUCCCCAAACGUCUGGUUCACACAUGGAGUGGUCACACGAAAGGCGUUUCCGCUAUUCGCUUCUUCCCAAAGCAGGGCAUUUGCUUCUCUCUGCAGGUAUGGAUUGCAAGGUCAAGAUUUGGGAUGUGUACAACUCUGUUCUUACUGCUGGGUAUGAUAAGAACAUUAAGUACUGGGACACAGAGACUGGCCAAGUUAUAUCGACUUUCUCCACCGGGAAGAUUCCGUAUGUGGUGAAGCUGAAUCCGGAUGAUGACAAGCAGAACAUUUUGCUGGCUGGUAUGAGCGAUAAGAAGAUAGUGCAGUGGGAUAUCAAUACGGGGGAGAUUACGCAGGAGUAUGAUCAGCAUUUGGGUGCGGUUAAUACGAUCACGUUUGUGGACAAUAACAGAAGGUUUGUGACGUCGAGCGAUGAUAAGUCUCUCCGUGUGUGGGAGUUUGGGAUCCCGGUGAGUUUGGAUAACCAGAUUCUGAUCUACAGUGCCAGAGAGAGGUUUCAGCUGAACAAGAAGAAGAGGUUUGCAGGGCACGUUGUUGCUGGUUACGCAUGCCAGGUUAAUUUCUCGCCGGAUGGACGGUUUGUUAUGUCAGGGGAUGGUGAGGGUAAGUGCUGGUUUUGGGACUGGAAGAGCUGCAAAGUGUUUAGGACUCUUAGAUGUCACAAUGGAGUCUGCAUUGGAGCUGAGUGGCAUCCUCUGGAACAGAGUAAAGUCGCAACUUGUGGUUGGGACGGCCUGAUUAAGUACUGGGACUAA